UAUCAGACGCGGCGCCUGCGCAGUGCGUUCAGUGGGGCCGGAGCGACCGGAAGUGAAGGGGUCUCGCCCGUCGCCGCCUCAGUCACCCCUGAGGAGGGUGAGGGGAAGGAGGGUAGCGAGGAGGGGACGCGGCCGCCAUGGACCUCCACCAGCCGCCGGCCAGCAGAUACCGAGUGCUUCGCAAUGAAGACGACACUUCAGAGUCGCCGGCCGAGGAGCAGCCGUCCACUUCAACCCAGGCGACGCAGGUAGCGCCGAGUCCUCCCACCGCUGAAGCCGAAGCAGGCACUUCCCCGCCGCCUUACAGCAGUGUUGGAGUUCCUGUGGGAGCCACGGCUGCCCCAGAAACACACAGUGAUCUUUAUCCUGGACCCCCUCCCUAUAGCGUAGCUACCUCUCUUCCAACAUACGAUGAAGCAGAGAAGGCCAAAGCUGCCGCCAUGGCAGCAGCAGCAGCGGAAACAACCCAAAGAGAAGAAGAGUACCCACCGUGGGACGACUUCAGCGAUGCCGACCAGCUUAGAGUAGGCAACGAUGGUAUCUUCAUGUUGGCAUUUUUCAUGGCGUUCAUUUUCAACUGGAUCGGCUUCUGUUUAUCCUUCUGUAUAACGAACACCAUCGCAGGGAGGUAUGGUGCUAUCUGCGGAUUUGGCCUGUCACUGAUCAAAUGGAUCCUUAUUGUCCGGUUCACCGAUUACCUUACUGGAUAUUUCAACGGACAGUACUGGCUCUGGUGGAUAUUUCUUGUUCUCGGCCUCCUCCUGUUCUUCAGAGGAUUUGUCAACUAUCUUAAAGUCAGAAACAUGUCGGAAAGUAUGGCAGCUGCUCAUAGAACAAGAUUUUUCUUCUUGUAUUAGAGGCUGCAUCCACCAGACAUUCCUUUCCAAUGUGAAAUUUCCAGAUGAUUGGUAGAGCUCCCAACUUAAUAGAAGACUGCUAAACAGAGAAGAAAAAUCAGCGAAGACGAGACAAAGCUUUUCAAUGCCAUCACCGUGUCCUCUAUUAAAUAUGUAUAACGAGUAUUACCUUCGAUUGUGCACGUUGGCCCAUGCGCUAAUAGUAAAAUAGGGAAUUGACGAGAAACAGACCUUACGAUUGGUGUCGGCUAAAGUGCCGCCAGACUUGGUUAAAUCGGUGUUUUGAGGGAACUGAAAGACUUAGGUGGAAACUCGUCUCGUAGACUGUACGUGCCACUGGUUGAUUGGAAGUUUAGCUUAACAAAAGCGCUCCAAUUCUUCUGCUCAGCCAGUUUGGGACCUUAGGUGGACCAGGUACAUCCCGGUAUACGGCGUUAAAAAAUUUAACUGAAGCCCGAUGCGCUUAGUAUCCGAAGGGCCUCGUCAAAUUUCGAACAAGGCAUCGCUUCCACCGCUAAAAUCCUUUCCCCGUGUAAAUAGCCCCGUAUAAAUUAGCGUCUGUCGCCGUCUUAGGGAUUGUGUCCAAGUAUCUUCUCAUUCGUUUUAAAUUAAGCUCACUCUUACUACGGAUAAUAUAUAUAUUUUUAACAAUUUGGAUAUCCGAUGAAUAGAUUGCCUUAGGAGUGAUUUCUGCGAGAGGGCCAGAGUACCAAGCAUCCUUCAAGUGGAACUUUUUCCUUCAGCUUCCAGCGGUGUCGGAAAGAGGAACCGGGUUGGUCACGUUGUUCGGCCGACUCGAAACGGGACUCGUCUUAGCUAUUAUCACGUGUUUUAUUUAAGGCACCUUUUGAACGACCCGUCCGUCCAAUUAACUCGUACAGAGAUCGGUCUUUCUUUGAAAAAAAAAAAAUAAAAAGGUGCAUCUCCUAGGUAGGUUCAGAAGUCAUUUUAGAAAUAGGGACUUUUCUUUAGGUGAUCGCUCUUCACUUUUGAAGCUCGGCUAACAAGUAACGAUCUGCACUAUUAACAGCUGCUUGCUUUCCCGGAGAAGGGGGGUUAACUGUUGAGGAAAUCAUCUCUCAUUUUGGGGCGCAUGAAGUUGUCCGGGGUGGUGGGAAUCACCUGGGGGCUGUGUUUGCUGCCUGGCUAAAAUGGGUCGCCGCAACCUUCAUCGCAACUGGAAGCCAGACCCCAGAACACGCGGUCCCCAACACGUUGGCGCCUUGGCAAAGCCAUUCACUCCUCGAUCACUUUUAAUUUUUUUCAACUUGAUCUUUCGUUCUCGAUUCGUAACGGAGUUAACGAGACUGUCGCUUCAGUAUCAGAGCUAUGUGAAAUGCAGAAAUGGUAAGACUGUUCAUUUUAUUUGGAGUCUUUGCGACCGAUUAAAAGCAAAUCCGGGGCAAACGCCCUCCAUUUCUGAGAAAAGCAGCCGUUACUUCUGAACAGUUAAUUUGCAAGCUCUUCUGAAUGUCAUCUGAAUUUUUUUCCUAUGCUUUACUCAUUGUCUUUAGGGUUAGCAAAUAAAACAUACGGUUUUGUUUUGCUAAUUGA